UCUCCAGAUCAGAGUCCUGCCGCCUCUUAGCCACUACACCAAACUGAGCUGGAAAGCAGAGAGGAAGGAGUUACACUCCCUCCCUUGGUACCAUUCUUCCAUUCAGAUGCAAACAGCCUAGCCUGUUUUCAAAGGAUCAGGCAGUUUACGUAAUUUGAGUCAUAGGUACACUGUGAAACUGGAGCGUAGUAUUUCAUUACUACUUUGCCUGGGCUCCUUAUUGGAAGCAACGAAUAAAACAAAUGUGAGUACUUAACUUUUUGAGGGAAAUAGGAACUUCAAAAUUGUUUCAGCAGCUUCUAUUCUUUGACAUAAACUUCAAGGAAACAAAAACGAAAGCUACUGAUUCUACGUCUGAUUAAGAAUGGCAGACGUUAUGGUUUUGUUUCUCACACUCUGCCUCCAGUUGCUCGCGCUGCCGGUGUAUGUGCUAUCCUACUUGGGACUAUGGGAGCCCUUCUGCAAAAAGUUUUUCUUUCCUUUUUUCAUGGAGAAGUUUGUUGUCAUCUACAAUUGGAAAACGUCAAGACAGAAACAGGACUUGUUCCGUAACAUGAUGGAAUUUGCAGAUCCUUCAGGGAAACUGACCGUGCUGGAGAUAGGCUGUGGGACCGGCACCAACUUCCAGUUCUUUCCGCCCAAUUGCAGAGUCAUCUGUACAGACCCUAACCCCCACUUUCGGCAGAGUCUAACUAAAAGCAUGGCCCAGAAUCAGCAUCUCCAAUUCGACCAGUUCAUUGUGGCCUCAGGAGAGGACUUGAGUCAGGUAGCCGAUGCCUCUGUGGAUGUUGUCGUUUCUACUCUGGUCCUGUGCAGUGUGAAGAACGUAGAAGGUGUUUUGAAAGAAGUCUGCAGAGUGCUCAAGUCGGGUGGAGCUUUUUAUUUCCUGGAACAUGUCGCUGCAGAUCAUUCAAGCUGGACCUACCUCUGGCAGCAAGUCUGGUCUCCAACAUGGAAACUUAUAUUUGAUGGCUGCUCGCCAAUGAGAGAGACCUGGGCUGCGAUUGAAAAGGAGAACUUCUCUGAAAUAAAGCUUCAGCACAUACACGUCCCUUUGCAGUGGACACCCCUUCAACCACAUAUAAUUGGUUAUGCUGUGAAAUAAUUCUCAGUGUAAAAACAAUUCUAUACAUAUUUACCAGUGCUGCAUUCUUAAGCACUGUAACCUGGCAGUUAAAUAGCCCCAUUUAUUUUAGU